AGCCGUUAGCGCUCGAGGAUCGACUGGUCUCGUCUUAUCCCGCGAGGUCAGAGGUCAGUGCGCGCGCCUCCUCCGACCCAUCCGACAGAACAAGGAGCCGCUCGUGACUCAAAGUUACACACCGACCGCGGUUCCCGGUUCUCCGCCUCCAAACGGCUCCGUGAAGCUUCAGACACCGGCGGCUGACCCGGUUCCUGCGCGCGGAGCUCGCUCCAGCUCAUCGGUUAGCCUAGCUAGCCUCGUUAGCCACUUUAGCUGCUCCUCCUGAAGCUAACUCGGCUAACCCGUCCGACCGGACCGGAGCUCGGCGAACCGACGCAGACAUGCAGGACUUACUGGCCAACGUGGAUCACAUCAAGUUCGACCUGGAGAUCGCUGUGCAGCAGCAGCUCGGGGCGCAGCCUCUCCCCUUCCCCGGCAUGGACAAGUCCGGGUCCGCUGUGUGCGAGUUCUUCAUGAGAGCAGCGUGUAUAAAAGGUGGGAUGUGUCCGUUCCGCCACAUCAGUGGAGAGAAGACGGUGGUGUGUAAGCACUGGCUCAGAGGACUGUGUAAGAAAGGAGACCAGUGCGAGUUUCUCCACGAAUACGACAUGACCAAGAUGCCCGAGUGCUACUUCUACUCAAAGUUUGGUGAGUGUAGCAACAAGGAAUGUCCGUUCCUGCACAUUGAUCCCGAAUCCAAGAUCAAAGACUGUCCGUGGUACGAUCGAGGCUUCUGCAAACACGGUCCGGACUGCAGACACAGACACACGAGAAGAGUGAUCUGUGUCAACUACCUGGUGGGCUUCUGUCCGGAAGGAAAAUCCUGUAAAUUUAUGCACCCUCGUUUUGAACUGCCUAUGGGAGCUUCUGAGCAGCCGCCUCUACCACAGCAAACCCAGAACCAGACAAAGCCCGUGCCCACUAUCGGCCGCUCGUCGCUCUCUCUAAUCCAGCUGACCAACUCCAGUCCAGGCCAGCGGCCGCAGAAUCACACACCGAUGGCCGCCACUCAGCAAAAUAACAUGACCGGCAACAGAGGGCCGCGGCCGCUGGACCAGGUCACCUGCUACAAGUGUGGUGAGAAGGGUCACUACGCCAACAAAUGCACUAAAGGCCAUCUUGCCUUCUUGAGCGGACAGUAGCCUUCAGCCUCGAGGUCAUCACAGUGGUGCACCUCGGUUCCCUCCUGAUGUGAGCAGCAGAGGGGAAGCCUCUUUGCUUCACUUAAAGACUUUAACUGCCCGUGUUGUGCGGCAGUAAGAAAAGAUCAACAAAGCUACGAUUUCUAUUUUUCCCACCGUGGACACGUGAAAACAAGAAGACACAGAAGAGAUCAGUCUGUGUGGCUGUGGUUCAAUGACUCGCGGGUUAGUCUGCAGUGUUUUCUACAAUGUUUGUACUGUAAUAUUUAAAUACACACCACACCCAGCAGAGGGGCAGCGCUGCUGCGGGUCAUGUGACUGCAUCAGUGACACCAGACCAGUUCUGUUCUGUGUAAACGAAAUAAAAAGUGACCAAUGCCAGUAGGAAUGUAAUUUUGCAAUAAUGUUUGUUCGAGCCCAAAUCCACCCUGCAAUAGUUUGUAUUCUUACGUCGCCACAUUUUAAACUCUUAACGACACAUUUUAAAUCCUGGAAGUGGUAAAUUAUCGGGCGUGUGCUGAGGUUCUGUUAGAUCUGAAAGAAAAUUCAAAUUGUUGCCAUAGGACGGGUGGAGCUCAUCUCAAACAGGCAUCUCAAGAUACGUUUCAUUGUGGAUACAAUCUGUGCAGUGUGUACAAAUAAAUGUUCUUGUUACA